AUGGCCGAGUCACUGCUCUACAGCAUUGCCACUGGCAUAAUGGAAAGCAUCGGCUCCCAAAUUGCGAAACCUGGAGGCGCCUACGCUUCUCAAAUGAUCCAAUUGUUCUGCUGUGGCGAGGGCGAGCUCCAUAGUCUUAGGGAAACUGUCAAGACCAUCCAACUUGUGCUUCCGGAUGCCGAGAAGCAGCAAUGGCAGGACAAACGGGUCGAGCACUGGGUCGAGAGGCUCAAGGAUGUGCUGUACGAUGCACAGGACUUGUUCGAUGACAUCUCGACCGAAGACCUGAGGCGACAAGCUAUGGCUGGCAACAAGAUGAUGAAAGAGGUAUGCCUUUUCUUCUCCGAAUCAAAUCAGCUUGCGCACGGCUUCAACGUGGCUAAUCAGAUUCGGCAACUUAGGAAGAAACUGGAUGAAUUCGCAUAUAAUAAUAAUUUCAACUUUACGCUGCUUCCGAGUGAGGAAAAAAUGGUCACCGGAAGACGAAAGAAACCUGAAUUUCUCGCACCUGACACUAAAAUAAUUGGUAGGGAAGAGGACAAAGAAAAGAUCAAACAACUUUUGUUUGAUUCCUCCUCUAGCAACACUGUGUCCGUGGUUUCCAUCGUCGGUAAAGGAGGUCUUGGAAAAACCGCACUUGCACGACUAGUAUACAACGAUGGGGAGGUAAAAGGACAUUUCGGGCUUAAGAUGUGGGUUUGUGUAUCUGAUGUCUUUGAUGUGGAUCUGAUUUUCAAAGAAAUUCUUAAAUCUGCAAAAAGUGACUGUCGAGGACAUGAUGAUGAGAUGAAAAAGUUAUCAGAAGAUGUUGAGAAUAAGCCUGAAGACCAGUUGCCGAGUCUUCUUUGUGAGACUCUAUCUGGGAAGAAAUACUUGCUUGUUUUGGAUGACUUGUGGAAUGAAGUUCGGCAUAAAUGGUUCGAGCUUGGAGAAUGGCUAGAGGGUGGUUUACCGGGAAGCAAGAUACUUGUAACCACUCGCAGCCACAAAGUUGCAAAGGUCAUGGAUGAGAAAUCAGUUAUUCAUGUUCUACGUGGCCUAGCUGAAAAUGAGUCGUGGAACUUAUUCAGGAAAAUGGCUUUUGGAGAUGGGGUAGACCCAGCACUGGAGGAGAUAGGUCGAGAUAUAGUUAAAAAAUGCACAGGGGUUCCCCUUGCCAUUAGAACUAUUGGAGGCCUUUUGUACGGCAAAAAGAAAGAUGAAUGGUUCCGUUACAAAGUGCACGAAUUUCCAGAAAUACCAGAAAUUGAUGAGGUUGAUGAUGGAAUUAUGCAAGUCCUCAAUUUCAGUUACGAUCGUCUCCAGUCAUGCUUGAAACAUUGUUUUGCAUAUUGCUCAUUGUUUCCGAAAGACUAUAUCUAUCGUAAACAGGAGAUGAUACAACUUUGGGUGGCACAAGGCUUUCUUGAGUCCCACAGCAGGGAGGAUGACCUUGAAGAGGUUGCUAACAAUUACUUGGAAGAACUAUUAGGUAGGUCAUUCCUCGAUGUUAUACGCAUAAACAACAUUGGUGAGGUCAUAAAUUUCAAGAUGCAUGAUCUCAUGCAUGAUCUUGCCCAAAAAGUUGGGGGAGGUGAAUGCAAGACUGUUAAUUUUAGAGGAGGAGAUAAUGAUGAACAAUUCGACAUGCGUUUAUUUCGAGAUUUCUCUACGAAGAGAAAAUGGUGUCCAUGCUCAAAACAUCCAAAUUACGGACGUUUAUCGUAA